CGGGGCGGGGGCGGGCGCUCUCCCCGGCGGCAGCGGCACGGUCCGGGGAGGGCCCAGCGCCGGCAGCCGCCGAGCGGCGGCGGGGAGAUGCGGGCGGCGGGGGCCUGAGCCGAGCCGAGCUGCGGGAGCGGCGAUGGCGUUCAGCGCCUGGCAGCUGCUGUCCCCGGUGCAGUGGGCCAGGUGGACGUGGUCGGCGGUGCGCGGCGGGGGCGCCCCCGAGGGGGAGGACGGAGGGGUCGGCGGAGAGGCGGAGGAGGACUCGCAGGAGGAGAGCAAGGCGCUGGGCUUCAGCUCGGACUCCGAAGGUAAUUUUGAGACCCCUGAAGCAGAAACGCCGGGCCGCUCGCCGCUAAAGGAGCUCUGCGAGCCGCCGCCGGGACCCCUGCAGCCCGAGGCCGGGACCCAAGGGCACACAGAGCUGCUCGGGGCUGCCUGCCAGGACAGCUCGCGGGGGCUGCACCCCGAAGAUGCGGCGCAGCCAGAGAUCGGAGCCCCUGCAGCCGAUGCGGGGAGCACAGGGGAAAGCGGCCCUGAAGACCCAUCGCUGACACAGCCACCGGCUGCAGCCCAGCACCCGGCUGCCCUCGGGACUGGGGCUGGCGCUGGCUGUGCUGUGGGGCCGGCCCCGGUGCCCCAUGCGGGCACAGCCACCCACGAGCCGGUGAUGUCGGGAGGGGACCCGGCCGGUGGGGACGUGGGGCUGGCGGAGCAGGAGGAGGAUGGCUUGGCACAGGAGAGCUCACCCGGUCAGGGCCAGCUCCGAAAGGGAAAACCACCUUCCCCGGGGAGGAAAGGAGAAGGAAGCGUGGAGCCUGCUGCGGAGGAGCCCCUGGUGCCCCCUGCUUCCUACCACUUCGACCCCGAGCAGUACGAUGAGAGCGUGAACCCCUUUGUGGCAGGGGGCUGCAAGCUGCAGAGCUCCCCUCCGACCCCCCGCCGCGUCCCGCUGCCAGUGAGCGAGCCGGGAGGGGACCUGGCCCCCCAGACCAAAGGGCAGGUCCCGAAAGCUGAGGUCGACGUCACGGAGGGUGGAGAGGGCACAGAGACACGGAGAGCCACGCCGAGGAAGGGCAGCAGGAUACCGGCCAGCAAGCUGACACCGAAGAGGCACCGGGAUCCCACGAGAAAGCCUGCUGAGGACGCAGAAAGGGGUCCACCGGAGCCAGGGGUUCCCCAGGGCCCCCCCAGGGCAGCUGCUGCGCCGUGGGACAGCCCAGACCCCAACCCUUUCAGUGGCAGCCCAGCGCUGCAGCACUCGCCCACGCUCCCCAAGGGCUCCUACCAGUUCGACCCCGAUAACUUCGACUCCAUGGAUCCCUUUAAGCCCACCAAGACCCUCGCCAGCACCGCUGACUGCUGCCCCGCUGCCGACAACAGCCUGAACGAGAUCCUCGAGUCCCAGACGCUGGAGGUGCCGGAUGAGCUCACGCAGGGCAGGGACUCCCCGAAGAAGCCCAAAUCGCGCCUGAUAACGACCACUGAACAAGUGAAAUUUCUCUGUUUUCUGUUGAGCGGCUGCAAGGUGAAGAAGUACGAGACGCAGGCACUGGUGCUGGACGUCUGCGCCCAGGAUGAGGGAGCGUUGAUCUCAGAAAUCCCAGAUAUUGCAAAUCGGGAUGGACAUGCCACUGAUGAAGAGAAGCUGGCCUCCACCACCUCCGUGCAGAAACCAGCCGGGCUGGAGAAGAAGGGAGAGCCCGAAGAUGACCUGGAGUACUUCGAGUGCUCGAACGUCCCCGUGCCGGCGGCAAAGCACGGCGUGGAGGCAGGCUUUGAGAAGGAGCUCUCCAAGCAGAUGGACAAGGAUGGGCCUGGUGCCUUCCCUCUGCUGGAGGGCAGCCCCGGGCUGUGCCUGCCGGACAAAUCCCCCAUGGGCAUCACCAGCGGGAGCAAGAGCGACAGCCCCCUGGAUGGCAUCUGCCUGAGCGCCUCCGAGAAGGCGGCCGUGCUCACGCUCAUCAGGGAGGAGAUAAUCACGAAGGAGAUCGAAGCCAACGAGUGGAAGAAGAAAUACGAAGAGAGCCGUCAGGAAGUCUUGGAGAUGAGGAAAAUUGUGGCCGAGUACGAGAAGACCAUUGCCCAGAUGAUAGAGGACGAGCAGAGGACGAACAUGACGUCCCAGAAGAACCUGCAGCAGCUCACCAUGGAAAAGGACCAGGCCCUGGCAGACCUGAACUCGGUGGAGAGGUCCCUGUCGGAUCUCUUCAGGAGAUACGAGAACCUGAAGGGCGUCCUCGAAGGCUUUAAGAAGAAUGAAGAAGCCUUGAAGAAGUGUGCCCAGGAUUAUUUAAACCGGGUCAAGCAAGAAGAGCAGCGGUAUCAGGCUCUGAAGGUCCAUGCAGAGGAAAAAUUAGACAAAGCCAACGAGGAGAUCGCCCAGGUGCGCACAAAAGCCAAAGCGGAGAGCGCGGCGCUGCACGCCGGGCUGCGCAAGGAGCAGAUGAAGGUGGAGUCCCUGGAGAGAGCCCUGCAGCAGAAGAACCAGGAGAUCGAGGAGCUGACCAAGAUCUGCGACGAGCUGAUAGCGAAGCUGGGAAGGACAGACUGAGCUCACCGCCCCUCGUCCAGCACUCUGCACUUGGCCGCUUUCCUCGUACCUUCAAGCACUUUGCCUUAUUACCCAGGAGCACCCCCCCAGCAGAGAAGCACACGCGUGGCUGCCGGGCCCCGCAGCUCCCCGCGCACCCCAGGGUGGGAGCCCAGGGGCUGGGAGCUUUGCUCAGCCCCCAUGGGCGUGCUGCUCCUCGGGGAUCCCCGCGAGAGCCCCCCUCACCUGGGAGCAGGUUUGGUGGUGCCCCCCACGUGCUGUCAUUUGUUGUCUUCACGUGCUCAACGGCGUGGAUCCGGCCUCAUGGUAACUCCUGCCCCGGGACGUGCAUGGUGCUGGGUUCAGAGCCAUCGUGCCCUUGCACUGGUGAGGGGGACCUGGCACAUGGGUGUGGAGGCAGCAAAGGGGUCUUGGGGACCCCAGGCACCCGCCGCAGCCCCUGGCUGAAGCAGGCUCUCAGUAGGGUGUUUUGGGGGAGGCAGCACUAUUCUGGGGGCUGAUCCUGGCUGCUGGCACAUCGGUGACCCCCAGCACAGCACAUCCUGGUCCCUGGCCGUGCCAGCCCCUGGGGAAGGCUGCCUGCAUCGCUGUGUCCGUGCACUUUAUUAGCGUUGCACUUGGCUCUCUGCUGACUUCUCCCAGCUGGGCACGGUCCUGCCACGCAUCCCCUUCCCUCGGCGCGGGUACGGCCGCUCCAUCAGCAGUACCCUCAUCUCCAUGAGAGCCCGACCUCGCGCCGCAGUGAGGUUAGUCCCCCACUUCUGAUGUUGCAGCAGGAAGGAAGCAAGCCCUAAACGUCUCCACAGUUCUGACUUAGAGCUCCCUUUCCAAUCAGUACAGAAAGGUGAGGAGAGAUGCAGUCGUGCUCUGGGUCUUGCUGCUCUGAGAAACCCCCUUGCAGCACCGAAUACUAAGAGAAUCAAACAAAAGCUGCCUUUACAAGAAAAGACAGAUCCAGACAGCAGUAAAACGCGCUUAGAAAUCUGUCUGGAUUCAACCCAAAAUCAGAGUGGCCGUGCAGGCAGGCUGCCUGCUGUAUUUCAGAGGUGUUUACUUCUCCGGGCAUGCCAAGCCCCAGGAGAAUUGCUGAGGUUGGAGGGUCCUUCGCUCUCACCUUGCUCGGACAGCCUCGAAGUGUCAAAUGGGGAGUAUUUGCUGUUGGGACUGUUUCCUACCUGGCCUAUCUAAAACCUUAGCAAACCUUUUUGCUGCUACCUUUUUGUAGAAGAAUUAAGCUGUUCUCCCUCUAUUUUCUAAUCCCCGUGUUGAGCAUGCAGUGCAAACAUCUGUUUAAACCAGAGCCAUACACCUGAUAUAUAUUUUAUUAGUUAUAUCAUGUAUAGAGAGAAUUUAUUACACACCUAAGCAGACAAAGCAGUUGGCAGCCUCCCCUGGCACACGCGGGGUACCCACCUCCUCCCUGAGCUCCCAGUUAACCCAGUAAAGGGGCUGGGAGCAGUGCGGUGAGGAAGCUGAUGGCUGAUGCUGUGUGCGCCUGCAGCUGAGUGUUGAGCAUUCACCUCUGCACAGCUGAUAGAAAGGAAAAAUCCCUUUUUCUAUUCUUUUUUUUCUCCUUUUUCCUUUGUCUGGGGAGUCAAAAAGCCAACCACAGCCCACUGGAGCACGACUCCCCUUCCCUUGGUUUCACCAGCACCUGGGUUGUUGCAGCCUAGCACCGUUCCCUUCCCUUAUUCUCCCACUUCUGGCCCCAAAGCAGCCUUCCUGGCCCCGCUGCGGGUGCCCUUCCAUUAGCUGGUGGUUUUGCAGGUGGUGGUGGUGCAGCGAGGAGUGACGCUGCCACGGGAUGUGCUGCGUGCAGAAGGCUCGGUGUGAUCAGAUUAAAACCCCUGAGACCCACGGAGAUCCUAGGGAGGCGGGCUCCUCUCGGCAGCCUGGUAGAAGCAGGAGGGAGCAGGCUGCCAGAGAGCGGCUGUGCACGGACUUUUGGAGCCUGUAAGAAGCUCACAGGGGCUGGGUUCUGGUGUAGGACACAGGUGGGGCUCAGACGAGCUCGAGGUCCCGGCACAAGGUUUGUUCUGGUUUGUUCUGGCCCUUGGAGGUGGCAGGUAGCAGCAGGAGGUUUGAUUUCACCACCCCCAGCACUUCCCCAGAACCACGACUUGCAGUAUGAUGCAGUAAAUGCUCCGGUCUUCCCUCUGCUGCAAAAAGGAGCAAGCUGGGAGGCCAGGCUGUCUGGAGAGCUGCUCCCACGGCAAUAAUCUGACCCGGCAGCACCUUCCCACCCCUCUCCGCUCCCCGGUGUCUCGUGGUCGCACUUUCACUGCCUCUGUCACCCGAGUGCUGUUGCGUUUCUGUGCCUGUCAGCAUGCACUUACGAUCCGGGCAAAGAUUCCUAAGGAAUGAUUUAUUAACUAUAAUAUGGUUAUAGUUACGUAUAUAUAAAUAUAUAUAUAUAAUGGGUAUAGUUCUAUAUAAUAGAAGGCGUGCGUUUGUAACUUGAAAGGGGCGAGACCUGCACCUCGUGCGCUGCUCCCUGCGAGGUGCCCAGCAGGACGAGGAGCACAGAGCUCGCUGCGGUGCCCGGCCACGUCCUCGGGUGCACCACGGCACCGUGCCCCGUGCUGGAGCCCAGGAGCACCACCGGCACAGGGAACCUUUGCAGCCAGCCGUGUGCGAGAUCCCCAGGUGGCUGUGGUUGUCUUCUCUUAGAAUUUCAGUAUCCCUUGCUGACAGCGGAGGGUGCCUGCCCGCGAGCCCCUAGUGUCGCUGUGUGCCAGUGUGUGUUUUUCAGUAGAUCUUGUCUGCGAUGAAGUGCCAACGAGUGCCCACCCCCACUGCAAGCCUGCUUCCACCGCGUCCUUCCAGCGUCCCCCCAGAGGCAGGAAGAUUUUCUUUGCGUGACUACUACCAGGAUUGCUUUGUACAAUGUAUGUAACUGCCAUCGACAUAAAUUUUAUAUGUACAAUAAUUUCCCUUUUAUAUGUCAGGUAAAUAUUUGUAAGAGUUAUACUCACACAAAUGAGAUUAUUAUAAUGAUUACUAAUAUAUUUUUUCCAUGUUUCAUUGCCUGAAUAAAAAUUGUGUUUAUCACUCUUGAAA